AUGAACAAUCUCAAUAUCCAACUUCUAGGCUGGCCCGGGUCUAAGGGAAAAGAUGACAAGCUUCACCGCCAUGUCGCACUUCUCGUCUUUAAUCCAGUCGACGAAAGGGGAGACUUAGUCCACGUGAGGGGUACACCGGGUACCUUUGAAGCAGUUUGUUUGGAAGGAUACGAUCCUCUUACCAGUAAUAAUCUUCUUUAUCGCAAACAUAUCUGUCAAGUUUCGAAGCCCCAAAAAGAAGUUCGCAAUAUCUGCCUAUACACUCCUGUUAACAACCGCGAAAAUGGAUGGAAUUGCCAGAACUUUGUGGGUGAUAUGUUAAAUCGAUUGGUGGACCAUGGGGUGAUAACCACGGCGGAUAAGGACGCUGCGAUCGACCAUAUGACCGAUUUCAUACUCCAGGGGGUGGACCAGGAUAGGUGCUAG